AUGAAAACAAAUGAUAAUAAUAAUCGUAUAUAUAUUGACAAUGAACUAGGAGAAGAAAAAGAUUUUGCUUGCGGGUUUUCCGAAUACAGAUGUUCAGGCGACCCAGUUAGUCAAAAUCUAAUGAAUUUAGAAAUAAUGGUCAGUGACCUCGAAGAACGAUGUGGAGAAGGCGGAACAGUUAGUACAAAUGGUGGCCACUACGGAGCGCAUAAAUCGAAUGCUAAGGAAAUAUGUGCCAGCGGUAUUCAGUAUGAGAUUAGUUGUUGUGAGAGUCAAGUUGGUGUUUGUCGUCGCGAUAAAAAUGUAUUAACUACGGUAGACAAUAUGUUAGUGACUGUGGAGGGGACGUUAGAACCGAGAGAUUCCCACGAAGGAACUCAAUUGGUAUCCCCCGAUACUUCGUUGGAUUUAAACGAUAAUCCGGUUCGUUUAUCGGGUCAAAAUCGCGGCGUGGAACCUGGUCCGUCGUCGGGAAAUGUAAGUGUCGUUAACUGUUAUCGAGCGGUUCCAGUUUCCGUUGUGUCGACCGUUCCGACGAUCAAGUGCCUUAAUACUCAAGAAAAUAUAUCCAACGUACACAUAAUUCAAACAAGUUCAAGUUCCGAACAAAAAUUAUCUAAUACAUCCGGUCUAUCUGUACAGUCGAAAAGAUUACCAGUUCGUUCGGAUAAUGUAUCGAACGCGGGGCAUAACGGUGGACAAUGCGUGGGUCCAAGCACGUCAAGAGCUCGAACCAAAGUUCCAAGAGAUGUUAGUCGAAUUCAAAAUCGUCAUAGUGUUAACGGUGAACAAAAUGCGGUGAUUCGGUGUGCUCCGACAAAAAUCGAAAGGGAAAGACCGAAAAGUAUGAAUUCUUGUGCAAGUGAAAUAACUCCUGAUCAAUCGAACGCGGCGCCCAAUUUGUGCGAAACCCUUCCAACCAGUUCGAACAAUAAUAGUUCAAUAUUAUUAUCUAAUCACAAUCGAUCCGUUUCGAAUCCGGUAUUAGGAAAUCAAGCAAAACCUUUAUCCAAUAGGUAUGGAAGCCACCAAAACAUACCGAUUCGGUUGGAAACUCAUUUUGGUCCGAACAGUUCGGAUGGAACGGAACGUUCUCAAACGUACGUUUCUCAAAGAAUCGUUACGAAUUCGGAUUCUCAUCAUCAGGGUCAAGAAAGGCCUCCGGAUCAAAAUGCGGGAAAUACCGUGUCGAGUCCCAGAACGUACACGUCGACGGAAGCACAAACGGAUGAUGUUUCGCUAGGGAUUCACCCUCAAAUAAAUCGCGAGCAAAGAAGGCGCGAACGUCGUGAAAGACGUCAUCAGCGUCGUUUGCACCAAAGUGUUUUAAAUAGUGGUAGUGUAUGGCAAUCUAAUGUGGAUGUGGUUCACAGGGAUCGAAGGGGAUUACCAGAUAUAUUAAAUUCGCACAUGCCGCCACCGUAUUCGGCGGUUCCCGUACCAGCCAUCCCAGCGAUGCCAUCUCCAAUGCACGUGCCUCCCCCGUUACCGGUUGCACCCGGUCCUCAAACGAUGCCUCAUUUGGUAGAUUCAUCUCCCGGACAGCCUUUACCACAUCAGAACGGUCUUCGAUUUCUAUUUCCGUUUCCAGGAGGAAGAAGGUAA